ACGAUGGAGAUGACGCAAACCGACCCAGCUCUCCGAAAAAGUGUUUCAAGACGAACAUGGCGGCAACUUAACCGCAGUCCAAGAUGACAAUGGCCAAAGGGAGAAAGGAUUCUAAGCUUUCCGCCCAGGUACCGGACAGAGUGCGUGCAUCGACAGGGCUCGUUGCUCUCCUUUAAGUGAAUCUGCAAACCGAACGGCGGCAGACGCGCAGCAUCAGUACCGAGAGGCUCGCAACAGCUGGUCUCCCUGAGCCCCCGAAAAGAGAACAAACCCGGGGAGGGACGGUAGGGAAAGGGGGGCAUGCGGUCAAAGAGGACGCCGUUUCCCCCCGGAGAGCCAUGGAGAACCGGGAUGCGGCAGCGAGAAGCUUAAUCUGUGCGGGCGCGCUAAUUGGAUCGGAAUAGCACCGAUUGCUGCGGGCGCGAUAGAGGAGCGCCCUGGACCGGCAGAGGCACGGCACCCCACCGUUACAGAGGAGAACCAACCGGAGUCCGUCUCCCCCAAGUCAAUGAGUAUUGUGGCAGAGCAGCCCCCGCGGUGGAGUCGGCCAGGGCAGCACUUUCCUAAAAUAUGACCAGGGGUGCUUGGAUGCGUCGGCAGCAUGAUGAAGGCUUAAAAUACUGGUUUGCACCCCGAGAGAACGAGAAGCCAUUUACCGAGUCGGAGCGGGCCCAGAGAUGGCGACUGUCGCUGGCCUCUCUGCUGUUCAUCACCGUCCUGCUCUCUGAUCACUUGUGGUUCUGUGCCGAGGCGAAACUGACGCGAACCCGAGACAAGCGGUCGGGCGAGGGGCUUGCAAUUACGAACAUGGGCGAGUACCCAAACUCCCUCCACCGACACCAUAUCCCAACAUCACCUGACCCCAACCGUCUCGCCAGAGAGCAAGAUGUUAUUUUUCUAGGGAAUUCUACCAAACCUCUGUGGCGAAUGGACACCUGUCAUCCAGACAGCUGGUCCAAAGAGUGCUUUACUUUCACGGACGCGAAGACCGUGUGCCUGGGCCUCUCAGGUGGAGGGGAAAGGGGGACACCGUUGGCGUACGUGAAUCUGAGCGAUUUGUACCUUUCUUUUUGUAAUACCUACUCACUUUUGGAUUUGUUUUACGGGUUUACGAGUCCGGACGAUUUGAAUUGCACCCUGGAUAUGGGGAUGGAUCUGCUAGGAUGCAGCAAGUGUGUCCGGGCUUAUCAGCUUCUUGACCAGCAAGCGGAGGAGAAAUACCGGGAGUUUGAACUGCUGGUUGAGAAAUACGAGACGGAUGCAUACUCCGUCAGGACGUGCAUGGAGGAAUGCAAGAUGGUUUAUAAGCCCUGGCUGUGUUCUCAGUACUUCCAGACCACCCAGAUGCACUGCAGUAAGCGAAUCCCCUGUGGUCAGUACUGCCUGGAGGUGCAGCAGCGGUGCCCCUUCGUCCUGCCCGACAAUGAUGAUCUCAUUCAUGGAGGCAGCCCCAGUUUUAUAUGCACAGGGCUGCUGGAGGACUAUCCAUCAGGUGUUGACCCGAAUGCAGAGUGCUGCGACGUGCGGUGGGACUUGAAAGUGGACAACUGUUCCCGGGGGACGCUGAAAAGAACUCACCCGCCAUGCCAGCACCGUACCUCCCUCAGCUCAUCGGCAGCCUGCAGACUGUGUAACAGCCGGCUCAAACUCUGCCUGCUGGUUCUCGUCCUCCUACACACUGUUGCCAGCCUCACUGCAUCCCACAAUGCAACAGGACUGGGCCUCCCCGCCAUCACACCUCUGGAGGAGAGCCCUGCCAACGAGGAGUGAUAGAGCUGCCAGGAGGAGGUGAGGUUGUUGGGGUGGGGGAAUCCCUCACCAUGGCAACCGAUGUGGAAAAAUACAGCCACAGUUGUGCGAACAGCUGGAGCUGUGUGCCUGUGGACAUUCUGCAACGCUUUCUGGCAAAUGUGGGACGCUUUGAGACGAAAGACAUACAAAUCAAUCAAAACAAAUAAAUAAGAAAACAAACAGACAUACUAAGGGACUCAACCAGUCCCUUACAUAGAAAGGGGACAAUGCCACAGCCUUUGUUGAGUGGGAAGGCUGAGUUCCCCACGGCUGAGUUUCUCUCACUACGCUUUUUUACACUGUGUUCCAAUUAUUGGUUUCUGUUGCACUGGCUGACUAAGGAAUAACACAAUCAUAUUCUCUUUCUAAUGUUCAUCCUUUGUGUUUUUUUCUGGUUCUCUCAUACAGGAAGAAAAUGUAUUCUCUAAAUAAGACAGAUAAUGUGUUAAAAUAAUAAUUAGCUGCAAGUUUGUUUGCGAUUGAUGUGUUUAUAGAUUUACUGCGUGUGUGCGAGUAUGCGUGGGCGUGUGUGCGCUUGUUUGUCUCUACACGUAUGCAUGUGUGUGCAUAAGAGGAUGAGUGUGUGUUGCUGACACGUACCCUAAAAGUCUAGAUAAAAGGCUGAUGCAGCAAUGAUGUCCCCCCCCUCCCCCCUUCUUCAGAUGUCACUUAGCUCUGCUGUGCUGGUUUGUUGACAACAAUCACAUUAAAACUCCACUGGGCUUUGAAUGUAGUCCUGAUGUCUAUAAUAAGCUCUGUGUUUAACACAGGUUUACAGGUUUACACUUUGUAUUGUGAGAUAAUAUUUACCUAUUAACACUGUUUUAAAGGAUCAAAACAAUCAUCAGUGAAAAGCUGUAAAACACAUCAGGACCAAAUAUGAUGAAUUCCUCCAAUGUAACAAUUGAGCGUGUGCAGAUAGUUUUCCUGUGCAGUGAAAGAUUAUUUAAAAUGUUGAGUGCAGUCACUUUUAGUUUUUUAGGCCAAAUAAAAUAAUCUGGUUUGUCAUUUGACUAAUUUUAGUGACGUUCCAGAUCUCAGCAGUAACUUUGCUUAGCUUUGCUUGCUUAUGUUAUCAUAAUCAAUAAACCUGAUGGCCAAAACUAUACAAGUAAGAUCCAAGCUGUAUUAAACUAAAAUGAUCAUUACAGUUUCAGGCUAACACUUCUAGGGC